AUGGUCCAUUACAUUCGGUUUCUGCGCACACCGCAGACUGAAGUUGGCAAGAAGACGGUCGGCAUUUCUGCUGUGGUUGCGGUCACCACCGAUUUGGGCGAUUCCCUUUAUCCCCUCGAUGCCGACCUCGUCGUGGAGGUUAUAGAGACCAAUCGUCCAUUUGGAGUGCUUCAUACACAGACCAUCAAGUGGCAGGCUGCUUCAAGAGCCCUCAAAUUUACGGUGAAUUGCCCUGGAAAGUACAUGUCACGGUCCGCUCGACUUCAUGUCACGACCAAAGAGACAGCGUCUACCAUUGCAUCGCUAGGGAUUCCCGAAGUCCUCGAUGUCUGGAGUCCAGCGUUCACCGUGGCUGAUAGGCAGCGAACUGAACCGAUUGUAGAGCGACAGCUACUCUUGCCUAACAAAAGUCGAGUAUGCAUGUGGGAGGAAACAGGUGACAGCAUUGCGCGGCAUAUAUGGGAUGCUAGUCUAGGCUUCUUGCUGUACUUUGCCAAAGCUCUCAGUCCGCCAGCGAUUCAGGGUGCUACCAAGCUCGCUGCUCUACUGAUGUCCAGCAAAGUAAGACGUUUACGAGUACUGGAGUUGGGGGCUGGCUGUGGCAUUGUUGGCAUUGCUUUUGCUCAGAUUGUCAAGUGUGAUAUGCUCCUUACCGACCUGGAAGAUGCUCAGGAGAUUCUGGCGAGCAAUGUACAGUCUGCGACGCCGCUCGCAGGAUCUAGUAUCAGUGCAGAGGUAUUGGAUUGGGCUUCGAGCCUUGACGAUAGUUCCAAUGUGAAUUACGAUCUCUUCCUGGUUUCGGAUUGCAUCUACAAUCCUGACAGCAGCGUCCACUUGGUAGAGACUUUGAGGCAGUUGGCCACUCGUGCACCGAAUGUGCUUGUGCUGGUGGGAUUCAAACGACGACACGAAGCCGACACGAUUUUCUUUGAACGAAUGCGAGACACCGCCUUUCAAGUCACAGAGACGCUCAAUAUCGCAUUGCCUCACACCGUCACCGACCAAGAUGUGAACCAUCCGACGGUCGAGUUCUACACCUACGUCUAUCGACCAUGA